AUGGCGACUUUACUGCGACCACAGAUCCUCGCAUCCUUCUGGAGACUUCAGUCACCUCCUGCGUCCCUCCACAGACACAGUCGGCUGCUUAGAGCUCCGAUUUCUGCCAAGUAUGGAGUCCAGAGCCAUGCCGACCAGCAACUGCCAGAGUACUUUAACUACGCGAGUGACGUGCUGGAUAAAUGGUCCCAAAUGGAAAAGGAUGGAAAGAGGCCUCCCAACCCAGCGCUGUGGUGGAUAAACGGCAGAGGAGGUGAAGUGAGGUGGAGUUUUGAGGAGCUGGGAGCCCUCUCCCGGAAAGCAGCCAACGUCCUCUCGGACCACUGCGGCCUGCAAAAAGGAGACCGGAUCAUCGUCAUCCUUCCCCGGAUCCCAGAAUGGUGGUUGGUGACUGUGGCUUGCGUGAGGACAGGAAUCGUGGCCAUCCCUGGGACUUCCCAACUGACAGCCAAUGACAUUCAGUACAGACUCCAGGCUUCCAAGGCCAAAUGCAUCAUCACCACAGAGGCUCUGGCACCUGCAGUGGAUUCUGUGGCGGCUGAGUGCCACUUCCUGAAAACCAAACUGAUGGUAUCUGAAGGCAAGAGAGACGGUUGGUUGAACUUCAGCAGCCUCUGCAAAGAGGCAUCUGCUGAUCAUACCUGUGUGAAAACGAAACUUCAAGACCCAAUGAUGACUUUUUUUACCAGCGGAACAACAGGUGCACCCAAGAUGGCUGAGCAUUCCCAAGGGAGCCUGGGUUUCAGAGUUGUCAGGAAUGACAGAUACUGGCUGGACUUAGCACCUUCAGAUACAAUGUGGUGCACAACAGAUACUGGCUGGGUGGUAGCAUCGAUAGGAUCUCUCUUUGACCCCUGGGCUCUUGGAUCUUGUGUCUUUAUCCACCACUUGCCACAAGUGGAAUCAACCACCAUCCUGAAUACUCUCUCCCGAUUUCCCGUUACUGCCAUGGUGGGCGCGCCGACCUUGUUCCGCAUGUUGGUGCAAAAUGAUCUUACCAGUUACAAAUUCAUGAGUCUGAAGUACUGCAUAAGUGGAGGGGAGCCGCUGAACCCAGAGGUAAUGGAGCAGUGGAAAAGCAAGACAGGGCUGGAAAUCUAUGAAAUGUAUGGACAGACGGAAACGGGUAUGAUUUGUGCAACUCUCAGGGGAAUGAAGAUCAAGCCUGGUUCAAUGGGAAAGGCGAGUAAACCAUAUGAUGUCCAGAUUGUAGAUGGAGAUGCAACUGUUCUGCCUCCAGGGACAGAAGGGAAUAUUGCCAUCCGAGUGAAACCUCAGAGGCCGCUUGGUUUCUUCUCUCAUUACAUUGAUAACCCAGAGAAAACGGCUGCAACGGAGCGGGGUUCUUUUUACAUUACAGGGGACAGAGGAAAGAAGGAUGAGGAUGGAUAUAUUUGGUUUAUUGGAAGAGAUGACGAUAUCAUCAAUUCUUCAGGGUAUCGCAUUGGACCAUUUGAAGUCGAAAGUGCUCUUUUAGAGCACCCAGCAGUCGUAGAAGCUGCUGCCGUUAGCAGCCCAGACUCACUCAGGGGAGAGAUAGUGAAGGCUUUUGUCGUCUUGUCCCUGAACUAUACAUCCCACGACAAGGAAAAAUUAACUCACGAGCUGCAAGAACAUGUCAGGAAGGUUACUGCUCCUUACAAAUAUCCAAGGAAAAUGGAAUUUGUCCAGGAAUUGCCAAAGACAAUCACAGGGAAAAUCAGAAGGAAUGAGUUAAGGAAAAAAGAAUGGAGAGACAUUUGAUUUUUCAGCGAAUCGAAAGAACCAAGAAAAUUAUUCAAGCUGUGUAGAUACUGGGAUUACUUGCUUUCUCUGCUGGACUCUGGGCCUCCAGGCUAAAAAUCAAGGGGAUUAUAAAUUAAGACUAAAGAGGGAGACAUCUGAGCGGUUCCUUCACUGAGGAAGGAUCUGAAAUAGGUUGAAAUCUGUGGAUCUGCUGUUGGCUUCACUGUCCUCUGUCCCCAGGACACUCUCCUGAAGCAAAAGGCCUCUUGCACCAAGGGGAAGGCUCCUGAAGCCAAGGUGAACGGAACUGUGGGAUCUGACCCAGUCAGCUUUUACGAUGUUCUUGUUAACAACCCUGAGAAGCAGGGAUGGUUUUGAGCUUCUCACCUCUUAUGCUUGUAUCCUCAUUUUAAUUUAGCUUCUCCCUUGUGCAAACUGCAGUUGUGAUUCUGUGUUUAGACUUGUUUCCUUGUACCUUGUAAAAUGUAUGUAUGUUCCAACAUUAAAUAUGUGACAAUAAAUCAGAAUGACACA